AUGGCUCCAAAAUCACAACCAGAUCGCCCUUUUUGUGCAUGUUCUAAGCCUGUUCGGUUAUGUUAUUAUGUGAAGAAGGAUCACCCGAGGCAUAGAGAUCGAUACUGGGGCUGUCCGGAGAGGUCCUGCGAACAUUUUGAAUGGGUAGAUCCGUGCCCAAAAAAAACAACGAGUUCACAGAGCGUACAAUCGAGCUAUUUUACUCAUAAACAAAAAAGCGGCGAACAUUCUUUGAAAAGUACUUGUAAUACGGUUCCAAAAAACGGGAUAAAUGCAAAGAAUGUCUACGAAAUUGAAAGCAAAUAUUCUUUGAAUAAUGAUCAAGAAGUUCAAACAAGCACACAAGGCAUACAGAAUGUGCCUUCAUCAUUAGGUGCAUCUUCGUCGUCAAAUGUAGUUACCAAUGAAAAUGAGGCUUUCAAUGCCCUCUUCACUUCAACUAGCAUCAGUCUCGAAAAACUGUAUAACAUGUUACCAUCAGAUGGAAAGAAGUAUAAUUAUCCCAUAAAAGUUACGUUUAGUUUAGAUGAUGAUGAGCACUUCAUAGUAAGAGGAUAUCAUCAUGUCCUCAAAGAGUAUUGGAGAACUCGAAGAGGUGCCAGCUACGAUUCAACUAGAAGAGGAUGGAUCAUCCCAAUGACAGAAUACAAAAAUUCCGUCAAGGAAUUGAAAGAGUACAAAAAAUUACCCACGACGAUCGCGGAAAUCUCCGGGUAUGUUGAAAAGGCGAUCAAAUUCAGGGCCGCAAAACCUUGUGUUGAUGAAUGUGAGGUUAAAGAAAGACUUGGGAGCCUCUGGGAAGCGUUACUAUCUCAUCAAAAGGAAGGAGUAAUAGAAGCUAUUUCUAGAAAUGGUCGAGUUUUGCUCGGCGACGAUAUGGGUCUUGGAAAGACAAUCCAGUCGCUUGCCAUUGCGGAAUACUACAAGGAUGACGGGAAGGUCCUCGUUGUCUGCCCUGCAUCGGUUGCCGGAAACUGGCAGGUCGAGAUCAAGAAAUGGGUUGGAUCUAAAGAUGAAGAAAUAUGGGUCGUAAGAAGUGGAAAGGAAGCGAAUCAGGAUCAUGCGCGGUUUACAAUCAUCUCCUAUGAAUUGGCAAAAAAACGCCAAGAUUGGAUAGGACGAUUCCAAAUUGUGAUUGCCGACGAAUCGCACUCUCUCAAGGAUCGUCAAUCGGAACGGACGAAGAAGCUUGCCCCUCUUAUGAGAAAGUCAAAGAGAGUAAUCCUUCUUUCAGGUACACCGGCAGAAUCAAGACCCGUAGAGCUUUUUGCUCAGAUUAAUAUUGUUGCCCCACUUCUGUUUCCAAAUUAUGAACAAUAUAUAAAGCGAUUCUGUGGUGGAGAAAAGAAGGUAAAUAGGGAUGGAAGGGAAUAUAUCGAUACAAAAGACGCUAAAAAUACGGAAGAACUUCACUGGCUCCUAAACUCGACCGUUUUGAUUCGAAGGAAGAAGGAGGACGUAAACUUGAAUUUACCAUCAAAGACUCGACAGAUAAUUCACGUUGAGAUUCCUGCAACGUCCAAAAGGGAGUUACGAGAUUUGAAAGAAAGAGCAAAGGUAGAUAGACGGGCCAACUUCCUGAAAUUGUAUGAGGAGUCAGGUAGGGCCAAAGUCCCAGCCAUUCAAGAUUAUCUACUUAGUCUUAAGGAUGAUAACAAAAAGUAUAUCGUCUUUGGUCACCAUAAAGACGUAUUGGAUCAGAUUUGUUAUGUCUUGCGUAAAGAUGAAAUCAGAUUUAUAAGGAUUGACGGUCAAACAGAUGUUAAAUUGAGACAAGAUUUUGUUGAUAAGUUUCAAAAUGAAAGAGAAAUUAAGUUCGCGGUUUUGUCUCUUACUGCAGCAAGUACUGGCUUAAACCUUCAGUCUGCUGAUGGUGUUAUAUUUGUGGAAUUAAGCUGGAACCCGUCAACGAUUGCACAAGGAGAAAAUCGAGCACACCGUAUUGGAAGGAUCGGCGACGUAGAAAUCAAGUAUAUCAUUGCUAAAGACACUUUGGAUUUGGUUCAAUGGCAAAUGUUAAAGAAAAAAUCAAAGGUGCUUGGUAUAAUUUUCGACAAUGAAGAUAGCAUCCCUUUGGAUGAAAUAAGUGAGGAAGAUUAUUGGAUGAUUGAAGGAUUUGAUAAAGAAAUGGUAACUCAAUGCGUCAAUGAAAUGAAUAUCGCUAAAGAUGAAGGUAUCAAAAUGGAUUCCGGUAUCAUUGUAUCAGAUGAAAAUAAAGAAAUGAAGGUCACAAAUUCAAUGGAAACUCGAGAAAUUAAUACUAAAAAGGUUGACAAUAAUAGCAAUAAGAAUCGCAUUCCUCUGAUGGAACCUACUACAGAUUCUAUUGUUAUUAAAUCGGGCAAGGAUAAUGAAAUAACUGCCGCAAAUCUUGUAGAAGCUCCCACCAUUUUCGAUAUGAUGGCCGAUAAUCUCGAUUGGGAUUUCGACAUGGAUCUAAGUUUGAAUAACUUAGAUGUUGAAUAUAAUGUAGUAUCUAAAAUUUCGUCAUUUACUUUAAAAGAUGGAGGCACGAAUGAUAAUCCAAUGGGAGGUUUCCAGACAACCGCUGAUGAUGUUGAUGAUAGUGACCAAAGAGACUUGAUUCAAACAGGAUCUACUACAGAUCCCACAUUUAUUGUACUUGAUGACGAAAAGACAGUAUAUCCGGUAAAACACCUUAAUUACGGUAUUGAUAACAAAGAUUCACGAGAAGAAACUUUCAAAGAUCAUUCAAUUAUAAACAUGUUGGAUGAUGACGACUUCACAGUAAUUACAGGUCUUGCAAAUGACAAAGAUUCGACUUUGAAGACAAAGGUCACUGAUAUUAGUUUGACCGUUAAUAAUGUUAAUGAUGCCGGCAAAACUGAUCGGUCAUACGCAGCAAAUUCAUCUGAAAGACCUAUUUUCAGGCAAAAAUACAAGAAUGAACUAGACAACCUUUUUGAUCAAAGAUAUAGCACUGACUCCAGAUCAGGUGAAAUUUCAUCCAAACAAGAAAAUAUAUAUGUUUCAAAUGUAUUACUCAUUCCAGAUGAAUUUGCAAAUGGAGCAUUUAAUCCCCGAAGGAAUUUAUUAGGUCCACGGAAUAAACGUAAUGCUGACGUUUAUGCCGAGGAAAGUCAAGAAUGUGAUAAAGAGUCGAAGAAAAUUCGGCUUGAAACAGAUCAAGAGGCUACAAGGACACGGCAAAGGAUAACAACCACCUACAUUGACCCAUCCCAAGUUACUGAUAUUCAAGUAGUGUCACAAGUUAAACGUCAUCCAAGAAAGCCAAAGGUUCACAUCAGAAGAUUAAAUAGUGAUAUGAAAUGA